AGGAAUCCCCUUGAAAACACACUACCAACCACUCGUUCAAAUCUGACCAAAACAAGCAGCCAAAUUCCACCCUCCACUCCCCUUUUUAUCCACACCAAAAGAAAAAAAAAAUUCCAAAAUCAAUCCAAAGAAUGCACAAUACGCUUCCUCCAUUCUUCCUCCUCCACCACCUACUCUUCCUCUUCCUCCACCUCUACAUUCCAUGGCCCAAGAUUCGACCUGAAUAAUCCCUUAUUCCUUUCUCUCUCCCCUCUCCUCAACUUUCUCUCCAUCCUCUCAGUCCUCCUCCUAUCAAGUCAUGACUCCCUCUUAUUGCUUAUCUUCUGCCAGAAACACCACAAAUCCACAAGCUCUCCUCUUCCAUAACUACCACCUCUAUCUCCCCAAAUUUUGUUCUUCUUCAUUAGUCCCUAGUAACACAUCUUCUUUCCUUUUAAAGCAAAACCAACCUCUACCCAAAAUCUCUCUUUCAAAUUUAAGACCAAAAUCAAGUAGAAUCACACUCCCUUUUGCCGCCUUAUCCUCUUAUGCAGAAGGUGAAGAAGGGCAAGAGAAUCAAGAAGCUUCGAAACCCGAUGCGGAACCAUCAUCCGGAGGAGGAAUGGCCCAGGCCUUUCACAUAUCAUCUAGCAGAGCAUCAGCCAUAUCGAUUUGCAUAGCAAUUGGUGCUCUGACACUUCCUUUUUUCAUGAAGUCUCUGGCUCAGGGGUUGGGGUUGAAGACUAAGCUGCUCUCCUAUGUAACUCUGUUGCUUGGGUUUUACAUGGCUUGGAAUAUUGGGGCAAACGAUGUUGCCAAUGCCAUGGGGACAUCGGUCGGGUCCGGGGCCUUGACCCUCCAGCAGGCGGUGUUGACGGCGGCGGUGUUGGAGUUCUCUGGGGCUUUUCUAAUGGGGACUCAUGUGACUAGUACAAUGCAGAAAGGGAUACUUGUUGCUAGUGUUUUUCAAGGGAAGGAUAUGUUGCUUUUCGCAGGAUUGCUUUCUUCUUUGGCUGCUGCUGGUACUUGGUUGCAGGUGGCGUCAUAUUACGGUUGGCCUGUUUCCACGACACACUGCAUCAUAGGAUCCAUGGUUGGAUUUGGGCUUGUCUAUGGGGGACCUGGAGCUGUCUUCUGGAGUUCACUGGCAAGGGUGACUUCUUCAUGGGUGAUCUCACCUGUAAUGGGAGCACUUGUCUCAUUUCUCGUCUACAAAUUUAUCCGCAGGUUCGUUUACAGCGCUCCAAACCCCGGCCAAGCAGCCGCUGCCGCCGCACCGAUCUCCGUCUUCAUCGGCGUCACCAGCAUCUCCUUCGCCGCCUUCCCCCUCAGCAAAACCCUCCCUCUAGCUCUCCUCCAAGCCCUCUCAUGUGGCACCGCCGCCGCCUUCUUAGUCAACCGAAUUAUCCGAAGACAACUCGGCCACCUCCUCCUCCUCAACUCACCCAACCCCUCCUCAACCCAACCCCACAACCCUGCCCAACCCAAGCCCAUCGGCUUGCUCACCGACGUGGCCGGCCCAAAAGGCGCCCAACUCGAGAUCGUCUACGGCGUGUUCGGCUACAUGCAGGUAAUGUCUGCCUGCUUCAUGUCCUUCGCCCAUGGCGGUAACGACGUGUCCAAUGCCAUCGGGCCGUUAGCCGCAGCCUUAGCAAUCCUCCAGGGCGGGACCGGUGGGGCCGAGAUUGUGAUCCCACACGACGUGUUAGCAUGGGGAGGGUUCGGCAUAGUGGCUGGUUUAACGAUGUGGGGGUACAGGGUGAUAGCCACCAUUGGAAAGAAGAUAACGGAGUUAACCCCCACGAGGGGUUUCGCCGCGGAAUUUGCCGCGGCUUCCGUGGUUCUGUUUGCGUCCAAGCUGGGGCUGCCGAUAUCGGCCACGCACACGCUGGUGGGGGCGGUGAUGGGGGUGGGGUUCGCGAGGGGACUAAACAGAGUCCGGGCAGAGACGGUGAGGGAGAUUGUGGCGUCGUGGGUUGUGACGAUACCCAUCGGGGCUUUCUUAUCAGUUUUGUAUACUUGGAUUUCAACUAAGUUGUUGUCUUCUUUUGUACUGUGAAAGUGUUGUAUGGAGAACAGUUUGAAUUUGUAUCUGUGGUUAAUUGACAAGUCAGUCAAGAGUAUUUUUUGAAGUGGGAAUUUUAAAACCUGUCAAGUGUUUUUGACAA